CACUGACGAGGAUAGUUGUUGAUCGAGCACGCGCGUUAUAUUGUUAUCAACAGUGGUCAACAGUGAUAACAAGAUGCAGUUUUUAAGAUUCGGUAAAUAUUUCCAGUGUAUCGUUAUCGCAUUGAUGUCUACUCUAGCUGUAGUUGUGACAUCACAGUGUCUAGAUAUAUCAACGUUGGAUUCAUAUCUCCAUGGAAACAGACUGGAAUGCUAUGGCAACUGUAAACAUGUAAUCUCGGGUGUGUUUGCCGCUGUACUUUGUUUGAAGGAAUGUUUGAUGUUUUCCUUUUGUACGGCUGUGAACUACAAUAAGGAUGCACUAGAGUGUCAGCUAGUGUACAUCCAAGGGGCACUGCAAUCCGAUAUGGCAAUAGCCAGCAACGACUGGGAGACCGUAUACUCCACCGGUAUACCUCAGAGUCUGGUAGGGGAGUGUGCAAACCACGAGUGUAAUGUAGACCAGAAAUGUAUUGAGCUGACGUCAGGAAUACGGACAUGCGUCAAUCACGGUAUGCAAUUGGUCCCCGGGUUAUAUGCUCACUUCAUUCCCAAUACGGAACAGUAUCAUCUACAACAAAACCCCAAGCUGGCUAUCUAUCGAUGUACGACCUUGACUGAACCGGAGGCAACCACGUCAUGUCCGAUCUCCAGGGUUGUUGACGAUGUUUGUACACCUGCCAAUGUGUCCUGUUCAGCCACAGACUGUUUUAAUACUUCGGUGCAGUAUGUAGGGCGUGUAUCAUGCACAGUGAAUGGGACGCUCUGUCAGAGAUGGGAUACAACAUUGCCUCAUGUUGGAAACUUCCUAAAAGAUAGAACAGAUCUCCAGAAUUGGUGCCGAAUCGCGGGAGAAACGUCCCGACCCUGGUGCUACACAACUGAUCCAGAUGUACGCUGGGAAUACUGCCCUAUCCAAGAUUGCUCUUAGGAUCACGUUGCUGAAAGGACAAAUGACUCUUUUUUUCUCAUCCCGUCUUCUAAUGAACUGAGCUGUUGCGAGGACGUUAACACCCCCAGUUAUAUUAUGAAGACAAGUGAAGCUCCCUAAUGGUAACACAUGCGUGCGUAAACAAAUUUAAUUCCCUUGAUAUACAUUGCCCUUACUUUUUGACGUCCGGAAGUACUCGUCCAGUGGGAACUGGAAGUGUAUCCCGAACCAAAGUUUGGUUUGGGUUUGGUUCUAUUUUGUUUAACGUUCUAAAACAGCUAAGGUCAUUUAAAGGGACAUCACGCGGAGAGCCAUC